UUUGUGGCUGUGAUAACUAGUGACAACCCAAUGUCAGUGACAAGUUCCUUAGCAAAGCUUUCAAUUACUGCAUCUUAUACAUUUACGACAUUGCAGAUAGAUAUUUAGGAAACGGGACGCAUCUAACGCAGCAUCGUACAUAUGCGAAUCAUCCACCUGCUACAGGAAUAUGGCACCAGGACCAGGUUUCAGUGAUGAAAAGAAUGAGACAUUGUGCGAGAGUGAAAGUACUGUCUAUGUGCAUAACCCACACCUGGAUGGGAUGAAAGAUGACAUUCUCUACCACUUUAACCUGGGGACCUCCACACACAACCUGCCUGCCAUGUUUGGCGAUGUCAAAUUUGUGUGUGUUGGGGGCAGUCCCUGGAGAAUGAAGUCCUUCAUAGAGUACAUUGCUGGAGAGCUGAGUCUGGAGGACCCCAAGGCUGAGUACCCCAACAUCUGUGCAGGAACUGACCGCUAUGCCAUGUACAAGAUUGGCCCCGUGCUGUCCGUCAGCCAUGGCAUGGGUAUCCCCUCCAUCGCCAUCAUGUUACACGAGCUCAUCAAGCUCCUCUACCAUGCUCGCUGCACUGAUGUUACCAUCUUUCGCAUUGGGACCUCCGGUGGAUUGGGCCUCGAGCCUGGCACGGUUGUUGUCACCAAGCAGUCAGUAGACGCCACCUUCCUGCCCAGGUUGGAGCAGGUCAUCCUGGGGAAUACUGUGGUACGCAGCACGGACCUGGACCAAGGUCUGGCUGAAGAGCUGCUCCAGUGUAGCAAGGACCUGGGUCAAUUUGAGACGGUCAUCGGAAACACUAUGUGCACAAUGGAUUUCUAUGAAGGACAAGCGCGUCUGGAUGGGGCCUUCUGCUCCUACACAGAGAAGGAUAAACAGGACUACUUGACCAAGGCCUAUGAGUCUGGGGUUCGGAACAUCGAGAUGGAGUCUUCCGUGUUCGCUGCCAUGUGUAAACUCAGCGGUCUGAAAGCGGCCGUGGUGUGUGUGACGCUAUUGGACCGUCAGAAAGGUGACCAGCUGAUCAGCUCUCAUGAAGUUCUCCACAGCUACCAACAACGUCCUCAGAUACUGGUCGGUUACCUGAUCAAGAAGAUGCUCCAAACCUCAGCCUCUAGCAGAAGCUAGGCUCUUAGCAUUCUGAUGUCAUGUGACUUAUGAAAGGCCUCUUGUACACAGAGUAUACAAAACAUGAAGAUCAUUCUCCUAAUAUUGAUUUACCCCCCCCCCCCCCCACAGCUUUGCAGUUCUUGACAAAAAAACAGUGCUCCAGGCAUCUACUACAUAACCCAUUCAAAGGCAGGUUUGUCUUGCCCGUUCACCCUCUGAAUGGCACACAUAGACAAUCCAUGUCUCAACUGUCUCAAGGUUUAAAAACCCUUCUUUAACCCGUCUCCUCCACUUCAUCUACACUGAUUGAAGUGGAUUUAACAUGUGACAUCAAUAAGGGAUCAACACUUUCACCUGGAUUCACCUGGUCAGUGUCCUGGAAAGAGCUUAAGCUUAAUGUUUUGUAUACUCAGUGUAAGUGUAAUUUAGGGCAGCGCUGAUUCACAGUCAUUCAUUCCAUAUAGCCUGGCUGCUUUCACUAUGGAUUUUCACAAUCAUUCUCAAUAGCAAUCAUUGACCGUAUAGAAGCCAAAUAUAUAUAUAUAUAUCUAUCAUAUCUAUUGUUUCUGGAUUGUAGCUAAGUGUAACCACAUUAGUAUAGUAAUCAUGAAAAACAUCAAACACACCUCUUACCUGACACUACCUCUGUUUUUAUACCAAAUAAACCAAUGCUGGGUGAAAUAAAGUAACUUGUUCCAUAAGUUGUUGCUUUGUGUAACAUUACAAAAUAUAUUAUACACAGUUUGUUUUUUAAACUUUUUUUAACCCCAACCCUUUAAAGAUUAAAUGUUUUGUUUUAAUUCACCAGUAUGUAUAUUUUAGUUUUAUAUGCUGUAGCUAUGGUAACGAGCAAGUUAUGAAUAUUAAAGAUAAGACUUCUCUGUACAUCUUUAGCUACUUUGAAGACUUAUCGACACUGCAUUGUACUGUACUAUCAAAUGUUGCUCUGAAACCAUAAUCAUACCUUCAACGUGUCGUCCUGAUACUGAGAUAAUAUGUAACUGAGUGUCUAAUGUCACCUAAUGAGUAAUAAAACCACAAAUACUGGAAGCA